AUGUCUACGCGAAAGCAAGCUCUAUGCUUUGUUAUAGUGUUGAUAAUUUCUCAGCAACUCCACUGCUCGAUUCAGGAGCCCCUUGAAUUGGACUUUCCACAGCCAUUGGGACAAGAAUCAGCUCCGCUGGAUGGCAGCCAUUCACAGCAGAAAAAGGAUGAACAAGCAAUCAAUGAAGCGUCAGAACAAGAAGUAAUUGCCAGCAUUGAGAAAGGUGAACUGUAUCUUCAGCGUGCUGAAUCGGCACCUACAAGCGUUGGGAAGUGCAAAAAGCAAAUAAAUGCCGCUAUCGCUUCACUCUCCCUAGUUGAAACUUAUGUUCUUGAAGAUGAGUACGAGAGCUCGAGAACACAUCUGGGAAAUGCGAAAAAGAACGUUGAAGAUUGCAAUGCGGCUCUUGAAGCUGCACCCCAACAAGCACUGAGUCAUAUUGAAGAGGCUGAAGAACCGCUACAGUUCCUUACUGGGCGACAAUCGGACGAAGUAGUUUUCCAACCUGAAACGGCGGGUAGUGGUGCUGCUGCUCCUGGAAAAUCUUGCUUACCAGUUGACGGUACCACCUGCCAGUUCAGCAACUGUGGCAAAGGUAAGCUUUUGCCUACCUGUGUUGUUGGAUUCGCCUCAGGAACCACUGGUGGGGCUCAAGGUCAGUCAUACAUUGUCACCAAUGCUGAUGACAAUGCAGUGACCCCUUCCAAAGGAACCUUAAGAUAUGGAGUGAGUCUCGGAGGGGAUGACAAGGGUGGAGUCUGGAUAACCUUUGCAAAAUCCAUGAUUAUCACCCUUACUGAAAUGCUAUGGAUACGAAGCUCAACAACUAUUGACGGGAGAGGGGUGAAUAUUACUAUCAAUGGUCGGUCCAUUGUUCUUGCUGGAGUCAAAAACGUCAUUCUUCACAAUUUUCAAAUCAACACAGUUGGUGAGACGGAUACGGUGCACAUUUUCGCUGGCACCAGCAAUGUCUGGGUGGAUCACCUCACGUCAUUCAAUGCCAAGCUGGGCCUGGUUUCUGUUGUCCAAGGUUCCACCGACGUAACCAUCUCUAAUUGUUUUUUGACUAAUCCUAACUUCAAUAUGCUUCUGGGAGCCUCCGAUGCGGAUAUUCAAGAUCAGAAAAUGAGGGUCACCGUCUACAGGAACUGGUUUAAGGAUUCCAUGCAACGGAUGCCUCACUGCAGAUGGGGCUACUGCCACGUUAUUAACAACUUGUACACCAAUUGGGGAUACUAUGCAAUAGGAGCUCGAGCCAGAGCUAAAGUCAAGAGCGAGGCUAAUGUUUUCAUCGCUGCCAGAAGACCUGAAGUCACGCCAUGGUUUCAAGGCGUAGGAGCUGAUUUCGAUUUGACACCAGUAAUCCAAUCAACAGGAGAUCUGCUCCUUAAUGGGUCCACAUUCCACCAGUUCUUACAGUUUGGGCCUGCCAUAGCGCCUCAGUACCGGUCAGAAGCUUACUAUCCUCCCAAAAGAGCAACUAGCACGUUGGCCACACUUGUUCAAAACUGUGCUGGAGCUCUUGUCUGGGUACCUGAAAAGGAUAGCCCUGAGGAGAUGGGAAAGAGCGUGUGCGAUGUGUCGUGGAGGUUCAAUUCUCGCUGA